AUGGGCCUUGCCGUUCAAGGCCUUAAAAAGGAGAAGGAGAAAAAGAUUUCCGGUGAGAUUUUGGUGGUGGUGCUUGUGGCCAAGGUGAUUUCCGGCAACUCAUUCGUGGUGGUGCAAACAAGGAUGAACACCUUGAAUAUGGGUAUGAACAUGAUGAACACCCCGAACCUUGAGACGAACUUGUUGAAUAUGUCUGACAGUUCUGAUAAAGAAGGUCCGGACCCCCUUGCCUUUGGUGGGGAUGAUAUUGAGAGUGAAGAGGCCAGUGAGUAUGUUUGUUCUGAAGAUGAGAGUUCCCAAACAAAGGGUUUGGUAGAAGGGCUUAUAGAAGCUAGGAUGGUAGUUCAUGAGGGUGAGAUGGCUGGGCCAUCAGUAGAGUCUGGGUUAGAGGCAUAUAGGGAGAUGUGGAAGAAGUAUAAAGUGUUAGAGGCCAGUGUUGAUCGGGUUCUAGCUUUGGCACAUACACCGGAGGUGGGCUCGAGCAAUCAGACAUCACCAUCAGGGUUUGUGGGUAUAACCGUGGCUUCAGCUUCAGAGGGGGUGGACAUUAGGGUUGGUGUCCCUUUGGCGAAGCAGAAUACACUUACAUAA